UUAUAGAAUAGCAUGUCAUAUCACUUAAUCCGGCAUAGCCAAAGACACGACACCACUCUGGGGGUGUUCCUGAACUCUCUGAAGAUGUGCUGCCUGCACUACCGCCUCCCUGAGUGGAGACGUAGCCAGCUGGCUGGACCGCGCCAAGGAGAACAAUGGGGGGGUGCUACAGUGAGACACACGUGGAGAACGUCAAGGUCCUGGCAAGGCUCUUCCCCCUGUACGGCUUGCAGAUACUGUACCGCGCCUGCAUCACUCAGGCAGAUUCCAUCAGGUUACUACAUUCAGACCAUGAACUCUAACCUGCACCUGAAUGGCUUCCUCCUGCCCAUCGGUGCCAUGAACCUCAUCAGCAUCCUACCUCUGCUGCUGCUAGUCCCUCUCAUGGAGUGUGUCACCUCCUGCUACCUGUCCAUGGAGAAAACACCCUUCUCCCCCGCCAGAGUUAUCACGAUGGGUCAUGCCUGUGCGUCCCUGUCUGUCCUGGUGGCGGGCCUGUUUGAGGUCCACAGGAAUACAGUAUCCUCUGACGGAUACUACCUGUUCCAUAUAGUUUAGUUAGUUAGUUGGUGAUACUACCUGUUCAAUGCCACUGAGGAGAAUUACAUAGAGACAGAGAACCAAUUGAGAAAACAUAUCAAUGGUUCUAAAUGACAACCAUAUACAUCAACACCAUACAUCAUGAUUCAUGGAAAUGUACAGGAUUAAAACAUUAAUAUAAAGCAUUUUAAUAAAUGAAGUUUCUGAAUGUCAAAUUAUAUCAAAAAUAUCAAAGAAAUUAAAUAAAAACAGAGCAGAAUGAAUCGUCACAUCUGGGGACCAUCACCACAAGCAUGACUAGUAUCUAUGUGGACCCUACUACAGUUUAACCAGCUCAGCUAUAGACUACAACAGCAUGACUAGUAUCUAUGUGGACCCUACUACAGUUUAACCAGCUCAGCAAUAGACUACACCAG